AUGGAGCUGGGGAACAUGUCGCAGCCCGUGUACGGUCCUGGCCCCGAGGCACCGGAGAGCAGCACACCGGGACUGGUGGGGAUGGUGCACGGCUUCCUGCAGCUGGUGCAGCCCAACGCCCUGCCCAUAGAACUGAUUGCAGAUUUUGGGCAGGCCCAGAAUGAGGAGGCCAUCGGGGAGCAAGUCCAGGAGCUGCUGCUCUACGAACUGGGCUUCCUGGUCUGCGUGGCCAUCGGGCUCCUCUUCAUCAUCCUCGUGCCCCUGGUGGGAUGGUGCUGCUGCUGCUGCCGCUGCUGCGGGACCUGCGGGGGCCGCAUGUACCAGAAGCAGGGCCGGCGGAUGGGCUGCCGGCGCCGGGCGCUCUGGGCCUCCGUCCUGCUGGUCUCAGCUCUCCUCCUGGCUGGUGAUGUCUGUGCCUUCAUCAGCAACACCCGCUUCUCCCAGGCCGUGUGUGGCGCCUUCCCCAAUGUCAACAACACCCUGGACAACGUCCGCACCUACCUGGCCUCCAUCCCCGAGCAAAUCAAUUUUAUCAUUGAAGAGAGCGAUGUGCCGCUGGGCCACACCAACCGCAGCCUCCAGGACAUCGGGCUCAAGCUGGGCGGCAGCAUCAUCUCGGGCAUCAGGAACAGCACUGAUGGGGCUCUGGGAUCCCUCCAGAACCUCUUGCAAGGCUCUUCCCCGCAGAUCCCCAGUGUGGAGAAGCAGCUGAAGGCACUGGAUGAUGUGUCUGGCUCCAACAUCAUGGCUGACUUAGAGAAGGUUAACAGCACACUGGACACGACCCCUGCCAAGGUGCAAGAGCAGUGCCAGGACGUGGUGACACAGACCCAGGACGAACUGGGCCUCAUCAGGCAGGAGAUCAGGAGCUUGCAGGAGCAGUUGCCGCUCCGGGAUGUGGAGGAGAAUGUCGGGGCCAUUGUGGGCAAUGCCACGUCGGUGCUGGAGCAGUACAGGGAACCGAUCAUCGACUUGGAUGGGCUCAGGUGGAGCAUCUGUGUCCUCCUGUGCUGCAUGGUGCUACUGGUGGUCCUCUGCAACUUCUUCGGGCUGCUGCUGGGGCCCCUGGGGCUGAAGGAAAGCGCGCUGCCCACGCAGCGCAGCAGCCUCUCCAGUGCCGGCGGGAACUUCUUCAUGGCAGGGGUCGGCUUCAGCUUCAUCUUCUCCUGGCUGCUGAUGCUGCUGGUGCUGAUCACCUUUGUGCUGGGGGGGAACAUCUACAUGCUCGUCUGCGAGUCCUGGCGCAGCCAGCAGCUCUUCCAGCUCCUGGACACCCCUGGCCUGAUCCCUGGCUUCAACCUGUCGGAGCUGCUGGGCCAGGAGGGUGGCACAGCAAACUUCUCAGAGAUGUACAGGCAGUGCCAGCGAGAUGCUGCCCUGUGGCAAACACUGCACCUGGACCAGAGUGUGCCCCUGGAUGAGCUCUUGAACAUCAGCCAGUACACAGAAGAGAUCUCCACAGCCUUCCAGAAGGUGAACAUCACCCUGAGCCCCAUCUCCCUCCUCAGCCAGAGCCAGAGAGACUUGCUGCUGAACACCAGCCGGGCUGGGCAGCCCCCCGACUUCACCGCCACCCUGGAGCAGCUGGAACAGAACAUGACCAAGGGAAGCCUCCUGGAUCUGGCCACGAAGCUGGAGCAGCUGGCAGACAAAGCGGACGCGAACGUGGCAGAGGAACUGAAGGCUGGUGCUCAAAAUCUGAGGGAGCUGGACAAGGAGAUGAAGAUGAGCUUCUCUGGGCCACUGCAAAGCCUGAAGGAGAACAUCCACUCGGUGCAGAGCGGGGCUGACCUGCUCAAGGCACAGACAGAUGUUGCGCUGGACAAAGCCAGCAAAACCCAGGAGUUUCUGGAGAGGGAGAUGGCAAACAUCAUCAAGAACGAGACAUGGGCCUUCCUGGAGGAGCUGUUGGACUUAUUUGAGACCUACAUCUCCUGGGCCAAGAGCAGGCUGACGGAAGAUGUGGCACGUUGCAAGCCCAUAGCUCAGACCCUGGAUAACAUGGAGGCCAUCACUUGCAACUACAUCCUGGACUCUCUGAACGCCUUCUGGUUCAGCCUGGGCUGGUGCACCGUCUUCCUGCUGCCCAGCAUCAUCCUGGCCGUCAGACUCGCCAAGUUUUACCGCCGCAUGGACAUUGCUGAUGUCUACAGGAAUGAAGUCUUGGAGAUGCCACCCGCAUUCAACUUCUACAAAAUCCCCCGGCCAUCCACGAGGCAUUAG